GGCCACCGUAGGCUGAUGACGUCACACAAUAAACAUGGCGGAUAGUUCGAAUGAAAGAACAAAAUACGAAAACAAAUCAUAGAAUCUGCAGAAAACUUGCAUUAAGUACAAAAUCAUCUGAAUACCACACACGGGCGACGGGGGCUAAGGAUGUCGUUAAAAGGGUAACUCACUGAGCUUCACUUUUAUUAAACUAUGUCGGAGAAGAAAGCCCGUGCUGCUGCAGGUCAGGGGCAGCUCUGUGCCUCCUCUGCUGCUGCUCCUGCGGACUUUUCUGAGCUGUGGAAGAAUGUCUCCAAGCUGACCCGCGGAAAAACACCAGAGAACAGAAAGGCUCAUGCAUCCACCGAGCAUGCAUCUCCACGUUUCACGGAUCUGCAGAGCCCCAAACGAAGAGGCAGGUUUCCUGGUGUGAGUAACGCGGAUUCUCCUGGAGAUCUGGAGCCCUCACAGGACAUCUUCUGGGAUUCAACUUCACCAACUCAAAAUAACGCAGGCUUCCGGAGAACUAAAGUAGAAAUUUCUGACCUUGUCAACCGCAUUGCUCCUAAGGAUGUGAAGCCCCAAAACUCACCUCUGCUUCAGUGGAUUGGGGACAGUGCUGUGCCAUGUACACCGGACAUUCCAAAGCAAAGAACCAAGAAGAGGUUGUCCAGACGAAACAGUGUGGAGCAUCUAAUGGAACUGGCCAGACAGUUUGAUGAAAACAUGCAGCAGGACAAAGAGACAAGUGAAAAAAUGAACAUUAUCAACAAUAACAUCAACAAACCUGCAAACCCUGCUGAUGAUAAAGAAAAGGUGCUACUGGCUGUGCCAUGUGACUCAGGGGAGGCAGAGCUGCGUGCCCUGUUCGACAGCUCCACUCAGAAAGUCAGCGGCGCGCUCAGCCAAGCCUCCACAUCCUCAGCAGGUUCACAGAAAGUGAGACCGCCCCCUGUGAUGUCAUUGUCCAAAAAAGUCCCAGAGACAAACACAUGUGAUGACUUUGAUGAGGCCUGGGAGAAUCAACUACUCAGUGACCCUUUGUUGGUGGCAUUAACACAGAAUCCUGAGCAGCAUAUUGCCACAACACAAACUAACCUGCAGUCAAAAAGUAAACACAUUUCUGAGGGGGAAUCAUCCUCUGCAAAUGCAAACCAUGUGCCUAAAGUUUCAAAAGAGUACACUAAGCCAAGCUACAGUGCACUGCAAGCCUUAUGCCCUAAACCAAAGACAACAAACAGAAGCACUUUUAAGUUAGGACCAGACCCUGUUGUUCACCCUCUAAUAGAACCUCCUGAAUCCACAUUCACAGCUCUAAAGUCCUCACAUCACACAGAGCAAAAGUCCACUGCAGCAGAUGAUUUUUCUGACAGUUUGUGGGAUGAUGGUGAUGAUGCUCUGUUGUAUGAAGUCUGUGAUUCUGUGGAGCGAAUCUCAAACAGCCAGACUUACAAAGUGAAUCAAUCAGAACAAAGAGGACAGGAUGAAAGUGAUGUGCCCAAAAACAGACUCCACAAACCCACAGCCCCAUUGCCAAUCAUAGCCACAAACACUAGUGCCAACAAACAACCAGGUGCCUUUGUCCGCUCCAACUCUCUACCUGCAACGAGCAGCACUGCUCUAAAUUACCAGGGGUGGAACAAUCCCAUGCAGGGUUCUAGUAACAAACCACUGAUAUCACAGAGUCUCCCUGGAAACCACAGGUCUGUAGGUUCAGCCAGCCAAUUUAAUCCUAAUCUCAGUACUAGCAAAUCUCUCCUGAGGUCCAGUCACAUUCCCUUUAAGAGGAAUGUGUCAGACUCUGCCGUGAUAUGUAAAAAAGUGUGUGUCACCAGUGAGAUGAGAGGCAAGUGUUCUGCAGCUGAAAUUGAGAAGAAAAAACAAGAAGCCUUAGCACGGAGGCGUCAGCGGAUGCAGAACUCUCAAAAAACAUGAAGGACAGAUACUUCCAGUGAAGGACUUCUCUGUGUUAUUCAUAAUGCUGUAUGUGGAAGAGACAUCAUCACAAAGAUUACUGUAAGAUCAAUCAAACAGUUAAAUCUAAAUGGUUGCAUAAUGUAAAUGCUGUACUAUUGUGCUACUGACAGAAGCAUAAUAUAAUCAUAAAAUAUUGACAAUAUACUGAGUUUGUCUCAGAAAACUGUGAAGACAGAUUUUUAGACAGUAUUCAAGGUGAAAUCACUGUGAUGAUACAUUUUUGUUUACAUUUCCAUUUGAAAUAGCAAAACUUGAAUGAACCACUAUUGAGUCAGAACAUAUCAAAACUAUUGUGUUUAUUUACAGGUUUCUGCUGAAUGUAUGAGGCAUUUGUGAAAAAAACAAAAAAAAAAAAAACUGGCCAAUCAGACUGCUGAAUCUAAAACAUUGUCUAAAACAUGAGACCAAAUUUUUGUUGUGUCAGAGUUUGGUUGAGUUUUUUUUUCUAUGUCAGUUCUUUUGUUUACAUAUUGUUAAUUUGUUUUUUUGUUUACACUUUGCACAGGUCUCAUUAUAUAGACAUGUUUAAGGGCUUAAGAUUGUUAUGACCCUCGUUUUUUUUAGCUUGUGAUCUUUAACAAUGAUUAUAAACUGAACGUAAUCAAGCUACUGUGGUUAGAAGCCAGUGUGCAGUACCUCCCAGUCAUCUUUUGAUAUUUUUGGAGCAUUUUCUGUAUUUUAUAUGUCAAUAACAACUUUGUACUUGAAAUAUC